AUGCUGCCCCCAAACUGCUCAGCCCCCAGCGCUGUGGUGGCCACAGCUGUGGGUGUCCUGCUGGCACUGGAGUGUGGGCUGGGCCUGCUGGGCAACGCGGUGACGCUGUGGACCUUCCUGUUCCGGAUCAAGGUGUGGAAGCCUUAUGCUGUCUACCUGCGCAAGCUGGCCCUGGCCGACCUGCUGCUGGUUGGGGUCCUGCCGUUCCUGGCUGCCUUAUACCUGAGCCUCGAGGCUUGGCAUCUGGGUGACGAGGGCUGCCGGGUCCUGCACUUCCUGCUGGACCUCAGCCGUGGCGUCGAGGUGGCCUUCCUGGCCGCCGUAGCCUUGGACCAGUACCUCCGUGUGGUCCAUCCUCGGCUCAAAGUCAAUCUGCUGUCUCUUUGGGCGGCCCUGGGAGUCUCGGGCUUCAUGUGGCUCCUGAUGGUCGCCCUCACCUACCCAGGCUUGCUCAUCUCCGAGGCUGCCCAGAACUCCACCCGGUGCCUCAGUUUCUACCCCAGGGCAAACUGGGCUUACGGCUCCUUCAGCGGAAUCUGGCAUGAAGCACUCUUCUUCCUUCAGUUGGUCCUCCCCUUUGGCCUCAUCAUGUUCCGCAAUGCAGGCAUCAUCAGGGCUCUCCAGAAAAGACUCCGGGAGCCGGAGAAACAGCCCAAGCUUCAGCAGACUGAGGCGCUGGUCACCGUGGUGGUGGUGCUGUUCACUCUGUGCUUUCUGGCCAGAGUCCUGAUGCACACCUUCCAGAACCUGGGGAGCUUCCAGGCCCUGUGUGCAGUAGCGCACACCUGGGAUGUCACGGGCAGCCUCACCUACCUGCAGAGCGUGCUCAACCCCGUGGUCUACUGCUUCUCCAGCCCCACCUUCAGGCGCUCCUAUCGGAGGGUCUUCCACACCCUCCGAGGCUGAGGGAAGGCCACAGAGCCUCCAGGUUUCGACCUCAGAGACUCCU